CGCGAUAAGCUUGCCAUGCUGCAGAAUACCUACCACACGUGUCCCUCUGGCGACAUAUGCGACGAAGUCAUGAGCGCGUGCUUUGUCAAUGGCUCACGAAUCUUCCGCAACAGCAGUGUCCCCUCGCCCAGGAACAUGCACGUCAUCGACCUUGCUGGCUACUUCAACACCCAAGACCCCGUGUUGCGUGCGGCGAAUCCACGCCUCUGCGACGCUGUAGCCACGAUACUGAGCCACACGAGCAGCGAGUGCGUAGCCGCGUUUCUGGAUCCGGGCGUCCGGGAAUUCGUCUACAAGCGAGAAGUUGAGGGCCGAAAGGGCGGAAACGUGUUGACCGUGAGGAGGCUAGAUAACAAGAUCAUCGCUGGUUCCUAUCGCAAUCUGGGCUUCUCCCUGCAGUGGAGCUUGUACGUCAAGGCCGGGUUUGGCGCAACGGGCCAGUGGCACGACGACUAUGCUGCACCUGUGGCUGGGUCGACGCCCAUCGUCGAUGGAGUCGUGAUGUGGGACGUCUUCACGCCAACUAGGGCCACAUCACCUGAGGGUGACGGCCAAGCUGGUGGCUGGCCCCACCGCGGCGAGCAUCGAAGCAGCAGCAGCAGCAGCAGUGUGCAGGCGCCCCAGACGUCACCGCGCAAGAUUACGCUGUCGGAUGCAAAUGAGGGGGACAAGGUGCAAUGUCAGGAUGACGAAAUUAGUCCACGCAAUGCAAAGUUUGCGCUGUACCAGAGUAGGCUGCUUGCGCGUUACCUGCUGUGGGAUAUCUGGGUUCGACUCGAGGGUAGGUAUGAUUGCAAGGCGUCGUGGGAAGCGGAUGGAGAAGUUAGGGAGUUGAGGUUGAAGCAGGCAUUGGUGGGGUUUGGCGAUGAGGAGUAG